GGGGGGGGGGCAAUCUUACAUUAUAUAUCCAUUAAUGGGGACAUUACAGAAGAAAAUGGCGUUGCAAUAUUUUUUUUUUUAUUUUUUAGGAGAGUUAAGAGGAAAAGAAUACAAACCUGAUUCAGCAAGGCCUGGUGCGGGCGGCGGCCGUAAAGCCCAGAUGGAGGAGGCGAGGAGGAGAGGCCAGGCGCUCCUGACCUCGGGCCCCGCCGCGGACGUCAAGGCCGAGGUCCAGUUGAUGGCCGGCUUCCCGCUGCCGCCGUCCCAGAAGUACCGUCACCUCAAGGCGGAGAAGAUGCUGAAGGAGAACCUGUCUGGCGGCGACAAAGCUCAGGUGUUGGAGUCGCUGGGCCAUUUGAUGAAGGCCUUGAACAUCCUGGAGAAAUACGGCAACAACCUGACCAGCCCCAACCGGCCCAAGUGGUGGCGCAGCGUCAAGUACUUCAACCCGGUCUUCAGGACCACGGUGGACGCCAUCCAGGGCGGCCGCGGCGUGCUCUUCCUUUACGGCUACACCGAGGAACAGUCGGACGGCCUCAGCUUCCCCGACGACGUCGCCGAGCCUGACCGCGAAACGGUCGCCACGGUGACGCUGGAGGUCAUGACCUUGCGUUCGGAGAUAGACAUGCUCAUCAAGGGCACUCAUCCUCACCAGGAAGUCUUCAAAGACGUCGUCCCUCAUUUCGUCCUUCAGAAGGGCACGACUGCGACCGACGGCGUCGUGAUCCCGCCGCGAGAAGAUCCGCCGGCGCCCAAGCCGGCUCCUCCGCCCCUGCUGCCCAAGCCCAGACUGGCGGGAGUCGGAGUUGCUCAGAAGCCGCCAACGCCGCAGCCGCCCCCGCCGCCGUCAUCGGCCCAGUGCAACCUGUGCGGCGGCCCGCCGAUGAUAUUUUGCCCCUCGUGCGACAGUCAAUCUUUUUGCGACGCGUGCGACGACCUCUUCCACCGCCAUCCCGCCAGAGCCAAUCACAAGCGGGACAGAGGACCGAAAACGAUGGCGGAAAUGUGUUCCAUCUGCGGCGUGUCCUCCGCGCACGCUCAGUGCGCCACGUGCGUGCAGGCGCUGUGCCUCAAGUGCGACGACCUUUUCCACUCGCACCCCGAGCGAAAAGGUCACAGCAGGACGGUGCUCGCGGCCGCCAAGUCCGACAGCGCGUCCACGUGGACGUGCGUUCACUGCACCGCCGUCAACAAGUCGCGCGACCCGCUCUGCGCGACCUGCAAACGCGGGGCCACGCCCGCCAACACAGAGUGGCAGUGUAAGAGCUGCACAGUCAUCAAUCGAGGCAGCAGCAUCCUUUGCGAGGUGUGCGAGCGCCCCCGUUUGGCCCCCCGCCCGUCCGUCGCCCCGGGGCUCUCCAUCCCGGGUUCCGGUUCCGCGGCCGGAGUGCAGUCUCAGUGGACGUGUCAGGUCUGCACGUUUGUCAACACCUCGUCCACGGCGGCCUGCGAGGUCUGCGGCUCUCCGGCGAAACCGGCGGACGGCCCCCCGUGCCCGCCGCCGAAGUCCGCGGUCGAGGCGAAGCCCCAGGCCGUCCCGCCCCAGCCCAAGCCUCGGGUCAGCUUGGAGCUGAAGAGGCAGGACCGCAUGAGGGAAGACGGACUCAAGCUUGUGCGCCGGUUCAAAGAAGCCGAGAAGCGCGGCAUCAGCCCCGAGGAAGUGUACGCCGCGCUGCGCGUCUGCGACGGCAGCGGCGCCGACCCCUGCGAUUGGCAGGCCUCGGAACUGCCCCACCUGCUGGACGAGAUCUGCGCCAUGGCGGCGUCCGUGCACGCGAGCGUCUCGGCCGGCGGCGAAGGCGUCAAGCUGUCGAGGGCCGAGGCCAAGCAGGCCUGGCUGGAAACUGGCGGCGACGCCGAGCGGGCCGUCGAGCGGCUGCUCCGAGACCGGCAGAUGAAGCGACGCCCGCCAGUGCGAGGAGGCCCUGCGGCAAAGCGCCGGCGAGGUGAAGGGGGCCCUGUCCGUGCUGCAGCGCCCCCUGCUGGACGCCUUCCACAAGCGCAUCUGGAGCGAGCAGCCCGAGGCGCCCGUGGACCCCAACCACCCCGACAAAGAGCGGAUGUGCCGUCGUCUGCUGGCGCUGUACGGCCUGCCCAGCUGGGGGCGCUGCGAGCUGACCCUGUCGCUGCUGCAAGAGCCGGACGUGGCCUACUCGCUGGAGGACGUGGUGCAAGCGGUCAGGGAGUCGCACGACCGCGACUUCAUCAAGCGGGUCCUCACCAACGAGUGUCCGUGCUGCCUGAGCAUCUUCCCCCGCAGCAAGGUCUGACCCGGAAGCGCAAUUACCGCGCGGUCAAUGUUCAUUUGACGUCGGGAAGUUGUUUCUGGACCGCUCGCGCGCAGAUGCAGUCCCUGACGUCGUGCCAGUGCUCGGUUUGCCUGGAGUGUUUCACGCAGCACUUCACCAUCACGGUGCGCGACAAGCACAUCCGCGACAUGGUUUGCCCCAUCUGCCGCGGGCCCGACAUCAACGACCCCGAGCAGCUGGACAGCUACUUCUCCACGCUCGACAUCCAGCUGCGCGAGUGUUUGGAGGCUGACGUCUACGAGCUGUUCCACCGAAAGCUCACCGACCACACGCUAAUGAAGGACCCCAAGUUCCUGUGGUGCUGCCACUGCGUCUCAGGCUUCAUCAACGAAGGCGAGCAGAUGAAGGUGACGUGUCUGUCCUGCUGCAACAGCUUCUGCGCUCAGUGCAAGAAACCCUGGGAGCCGCAGCAUCAGGAUCUGUCCUGCGAGCAGUUCCAGCAGUGGAAGCGGGACAACGACGUGGAGUAUCAGAAGCUGGGCCUGGCCGGAUACCUGCGGGACAACGGCAUCACCUGCCCGCAGUGUCGCUUCCAGUACGCGCUGACCAAAGGCGGCUGCAUGCACUUCAGCUGCACUCAGUGCAGGUACCAGUUCUGCAGCGGCUGCAACAACCCAUACUACAAGACGGCCUGCAGGACGCAACAGUGCAACUUCUCGGGCCUGCACGCUCACCACCCCCGCGACUGCCUCUUCUACCUGCGGGACUGGGACGUGGCCAGCCUGCAGGCGCUGCUCAAGAGGGGGGGCGUGGCCUUCAACACGGAACCUUCUGAUGAGCUGCGGCCGGAAGACACCUGCGGCGUGAUGGUGCAGCGGGACGAAGGAGGUCAGACCGCGGACUUGCCGUGCGGCGUCCAGACUCAGCCGGGCCAGGCCGGACUCUGCGAGAAACAUUACCGAGAGUACCUGGUCAGUCUGAUCAACGCCCACUCGCUGGACCCCGCCCCUCUCUACGACGCUCGCGACCUGAUCCGAGCCUGUGAAAGGUACCAGGUGGACGUGCAGAAGACCGACAACGAGGACGACGUGGCCUACCGCGCCCGUCUGCUCAAGAAACUGAUGGAAGUUCCCCUGGGCGAAAAAGUUCCCAGGAACGCCACUCAGCAGCCUCUCACGAGCUGAUGCGAGCUUCGGGCCCGGCCGGCCGGCCGGCCGGCGGUCGGGACGUUCGUCGGGGCUGCCGUUUCGCGUCCCGUUCCGACGCGGCGGAACGCGUGAAUGAACGUUGAGUCGCCAACGCUGCAAGACAUUCGAGGAGAAAGGAAAACCGGGACGACUGACAGUACACGCAGACGUAAAGAAAACGCACAAUUUGGAGUAAAGUACAUUCGGACAUACUGGCAGUAAAUUGAAAAUGUUUUGAUGUGAUCCAGUUGUCAAGAUCCGAGGCCUCCUUCUCGCUCACAUCAAGAGUGGGAUUGACCCACCCUCAUAAUAUUUCAUAAUUGUGUGCUGGCCUCAUUCAGUUGUGUUUACUCUUCCUCGGGGUAGUUUGACCCCAAAUUCUCAAGACCUGGCGGUGAUGCAAUCUCAGUCUGCAAUUUAUUCUUGAGUUUAUGGUAAAUAUGUAAUUUGUAAACCGAUGUGUCGCAUCACCUGAAGACAACAGCUGCCAUUUAUAAAACAACAAUUAAAGCUUUUUGUUUGGCUAAAUUCUGAUAUGAUCUGUUAUUAUAUCAGUGUAUACUUUUUUUUUUUUCUGCCAUUUUCGUUUGGUGGUGUGCGUGUGAAAUAUAUGCCUUGGUUCAAUAAAGCUUUAAUAAUUCAUUGCAA